GAUUCGGUUCGGAUAAUACUCAUAACCCAAAAUACCAAAAAACAGGAUCCAUUCGGUAUUUAUGUCGGGUUCGGAUCGGUUCGGAUUCAUUUUUAUCGGAUCGGAUUCGGUUCGGAUUUCCGGGUUCGGUUUAUUUGCCCAGCCCUACAUGAAGUGUUAGCUGUUACAAAUAGAUUUGUGGCUAUUUGAUAAAUAACUAAUUAAUUGUUAAUAGUUUCAUUAACUGAUAUAUGAUUUGUUAGUUGAUACAUUUGUUUGAUACAUAGAUUGUUAGAUGAUACUAAAAUUAUUAACUAAUAUGUUAGUUGGUGUGUAGAUUGUUACCUGCUAUGUAAAUAUUUAGCUGAUAAAUCUAGAGUUAUUUGUUUUCGAUAAAGCAUGAGGUAUUUUCGUCUGCACAGUAUCAAAAAGUUAUUUUUUUUGUUAUCCAUAAUUAUGUGCAUUCAGCUAAUUUGGAUCUUAAUUGGGUAUAUUCUACACAUUCUCCCUAUUUAAACUAGAGGAAGAUGUGGAAUAAAAGAAGAGAGAGAGAAGAACAUGGGUUUUGAGUAUUUUGACUUUUCAAUAUUUGGUGGCCACGUUGAAGAUCUAACGGUCCAUAUUUUUCUGGUUUAUGAAAACAAUUUUCUUUUUAUUGUUUUAGAAACUUCUCAAAAGCAAAAUUCUUAAUGUUUAUCUUAAAUUUUAUGGAACAACUCUCUGUAAUACUUAUAUUUUGAAAAUUAAGAUAUGAAAACACAAAUCUAAUCUAAAUAGAAAUUUUUUUUUUUUCUGCCAUAUAUCUAUUUUUUUUUGUGUGUUUAUCUCAUAACAAAUUAAACAUUUAUUAAUAUAUUAACGUUACACAAGUCUUGAAAUUAUCCAACAAUAUCAAGUUGUCUAGAAUUUCUUUUGAGAAAUUUGCCAAUGUGAUUGCUAUAAAAAAGGUAAAAAAAUACCAAAGAAAGAAAAGAAAAGGAAAUCUUUAAAAUAAAUAACUUUGCUUACAAGGAACAUAUUUAUCUUCAUCUAUAUAAACACACACGUGUCUGUCCAUAUUCUCAAAAACAAACUUCUCUUUCAAAGAUAUUUUCUUCUCUCUUUGCGCAACUCUGUUUCUACUCACAAACUAACCAUGAGGAAUCAAGCUGGUUCAUCUGAUUCGAAGGGGACGAAGAAAGAUUUUAGCACCGCGAUUCUGGAGCGGAAGAAGGCGGCAAAUCGUUUGGUGGUGGAUGAGGCCAUCAACGAUGACAACUCCAUCGUGUAUCUACACCCUGAGACCAUGGAGAAGCUACAGCUCUUCCGUGGAGAUACCGUGUUAAUCAAGGGAAAGAAGAGGAAGGAUACUGUGUGUAUUGCCCUACCUGAUGAUACAUGUGAGGAGCCAAAGAUUAGGAUGAACAAAGUUGUCAGGUCUAACCUUAGGGUUAGGCUUGGAGAUGUUAUAUCUCUUCACCAGUUCCCUGAUGUCAAGUAUGGGAAUCGUGUUCACGUUUUGCCCAUUGAUGAUACUAUUGAAGGAGUUACUGGCAAUAUAUUUGAUGCAUACCUUAAACCUUAUUUCUUGGAGGCAUACCGUCCGGUGAAGAAGGGUGAUCUUUUCUUGGUUAGAGGAGGGAUGAGAAGCAUUGAGUUCAAGGUUAUUGAGACCGAUCCUGCUGAGUACUGUGUUGUGGCUCCGAAUACAGAGAUAUUCUGUGAAGGUGAACCGAUAAAGAGAGAGGAUGAGGAGAGGUUGGAUGAAGUUGGUUACGAUGAUGUUGGUGGUGUCAGGAAACAAAUGGCUCAGAUUAGAGAGCUUGUUGAGCUUCCUUUGAGGCAUCCACAGCUCUUUAAAUCCAUUGGUGUUAAGCCUCCUAAAGGAAUCUUGCUCUAUGGCCCUCCUGGCACUGGGAAGACACUACUUGCUCGUGCUGUUGCUAACGAGACCGGUGCGUUUUUCUUGUGUAUCAAUGGUCCUGAGAUCAUGUCCAAGAUGGCCGGUGAGAGUGAGAGCAACCUUAGGAAAGCGUUUAAGGAAGCUGAGAAGAAUGCGCCUUCGAUUAUAUUCAUUGAUGAGAUUGAUUCCAUUGCUCCGAAGAGAGACAAGACAAACGGAGAGGUUGAGAGACGGAUUGUUUCUCAGCUCUUGACGCUUAUGGAUGGUCUUAAAGCUAGAGCUCAUGUCAUUGUUAUGGGAGCGACCAACAGGCCUAACAGCAUUGACUCGGCUUUGAGAAGGUUUGGACGUUUUGACAGGGAGAUUGAUAUUGGUGUUCCUGAUGAGAUUGGUCGUCUUGAGGUUCUCAGGAUUCAUACCAAGAACAUGAAGCUUGCUGAAGACGUUGAUUUGGAAAGAGCAUCCAAAGACACACACGGGUACGUUGGUGCGGAUCUUGCAGCGUUAUGCACUGAAGCUGCUCUCCAGUGCAUCAGAGAGAAGAUGGAUGUGAUUGACAUAGAAGACGAAGAGAUAGAUGCUGAAAUUCUCAAUUCUAUGGCUGUGACUAAUGAGCAUUACCUGACAGCCCUUGGUAACAGCAAUCCUUCUGCUCUACGUGAGACGGUCGUCGAGGUGCCUAAUGUUUCUUGGGAGGACAUUGGUGGUCUUGAGAAUGUCAAGAGGGAACUACAAGAGACUGUUCAAUAUCCAGUGGAGCAUCCUGAGAAGUUCGAGAAGUUUGGUAUGUCACCAUCUAAAGGAGUCCUAUUCUACGGUCCUCCCGGUUGUGGGAAGACCCUUUUGGCCAAGGCUAUCGCCAACGAGUGCCAAGCCAACUUCAUCAGCAUCAAAGGUCCAGAGCUUCUCACAAUGUGGUUUGGAGAGAGUGAAGCCAACGUCAGAGAGAUAUUCGACAAAGCACGCCAGUCCGCUCCUUGUGUCCUGUUCUUUGAUGAGCUCGACUCCAUCGCCACUCAGAGAGGUAGCAGCGUUGGAGACGCUGGUGGUGCAGCAGACAGAGUGUUGAACCAGCUUCUUACGGAGAUGGAUGGUAUGUCUGCCAAGAAGACUGUCUUUAUCAUCGGAGCAACGAACAGACCAGAUAUCAUCGACCCUGCGCUUCUUCGACCUGGUCGUCUCGACCAGCUCAUCUACAUUCCUCUCCCUGAUGAGGAGUCUCGUUACCAGAUCUUUAAGUCUUGCUUGAGGAAAUCUCCGGUGGCUAAAGAUGUUGACUUGAGGGCUCUUGCUAAAUACACUCAAGGGUUUAGUGGCGCGGACAUCACAGAGAUUUGUCAGCGUUCUUGCAAGUACGCGAUCAGAGAGAACAUCGAGAAGGAUAUUGAGAAGGAGAGGAAGAGAGCAGAGGCACCAGAAGCAAUGGAAGAGGAUGAGGAGGAGAUUGCAGAUAUUAAAGCUGGUCAUUUUGAGGAAUCAAUGAAGUACGCGAGGAGAUCAGUGAGUGAUGCAGACAUUCGCAAGUAUCAGGCAUUUGCUCAGACUCUCCAACAGUCUCGUGGGUUUGGAAGUGAGUUCAGGUUUCCUCAAGUGACAGGGGCAGGAGCCGCUGCCACCACGGCUGGUGGAGCUGACCCGUUUGCUACUACGGGAGGAGCAGCAGCCGAGGACGAUGAUCUCUAUAGUUAAAUAUAUAUGAUCACAGACCGUCUCUUGUGUCUGUACAUUGUUCUCUUGAUAAACCUUUCACUGGUUUUUGUUGGGUUUUUAUUUAGUGUUUCUUUAUAUAAAUCUUACAUAUAAUGAGACACUUUCCUCUCUUUUGAGAGUGUCCACGUAUGCAUAUUUUAAAGUCUGUGGGUCCCGCAUUACGUUCGGUUUUCGUUUGGUCUAAUGAAUCCCACUAUAUAAAAGAAGCUAAAUUUGAGCUUCAUAAGGCUAUCCACAUGUGCACAAAUAUUCAGGACCAACCAAAGUGCCAUGUCAUCUUUGUGGGCUUGCAAUUUUAAAAAAAUUUGUCACCUACGUGGCCCGUAUGACCCAUCUCUCCCGAGCCUCUCUUCAUACCAUAUUGGUCGCAGCCCAUUACCCAUCUCUUGAUACGGUUCGGGUUAUAUCGCUGUCCUCUCUGAAAUAUCAAAAUCACUAACCCUAAUCACCGUUCUCGAUCUCUUUGUCGAUUCUCUUCCUCCCCCAAACUCAUCCCGAUCUCUUUGUCGAUUCUCUUUCUCUCCCCAACUCAUCCCGCAUAACGUCCCCGAUGAGAGUGCUGGUACUUCAAUGUGCUCUCAUAAAGCCUUCAAUGUUUUCUUCAACCAUGCUGUUGCCUGUUGGUGAUGUUUUCAAUUUAAUAUGCGGAGAGGAUGAGAUCGACUUGGGGAGAGGAGGUUAUUGUUCGGAAUUGAAACCCGAAAAUGGAUUUCACAAUCGUAAGCUCUCACUUCUUUGGGCUCGCUUCGUCUUCUUAAAGAGGCUUUAUCGGCUGCGUUGAGGCUGUAUCGUCCGGUGCCGGAGUUCUUCAACCCCGGCUUGAAGGGCGACAAGAUACAACAUGGGACUUUUGUUUCGCAGUGAUGUUUUUGAUUUACUUGGCUGGGAGGAUGAGAUCGACUCUGGGAGAUUUUGUUUCGAGUUCAAACCGGAGGGAUUGACUUUGAAAUCGUACGCUCUUAGUAUACAUAAUUAUGGGCCAAUACACACAGAUUACGAUACAAACACAAACACGAAGCUCAGCAUUAGAGUUUCAGCCCCGGAGAUUCAACAGCAACUAAAGUAAGAUUCCAAAUUCGUCCUCUGUUCAGCCUCCAGUCAAUUUCUUUUACUUUUUUAAUCUUUGCCUAAUGUUCAUUACUGUGAUCAAAAAUAACUCGCUUGCAUAUGUCUUCUUUUUCAGGUUGUUACUUGGCUUUCUAUUUCAUGAAGCACAGAACGUAGUAUAUAAAAGGAAACAGGAAUACACUUUGCAAAUAUUCUCUGUGUCUUUGGAUUAAUCUAUAAUCUUGUGAUGUAGAUAGAUACAAAAGCUUCUUACGGAUCUCCAUGGAGAAUUCAUGAAGGUAACCUGAAACAACUCUCUAUCUCUUGCAAGUGGAUGCCAGACUAAUGUCAUAGUUUGGUAAAAUUCCAGAUUAAGUUUUGGUGAAUGACUUUGUGUUUUGUACAGAAGAUAAGAACUCAUGUUCGUUAUGGGAAGCAGUUAUCACAAUACAACCUUACUUAUCGAAUUUUCAUCAAGUAAUAUUACAUGAUUUAUAAUUAGUUGUGUAUUUUAUGACAUUUUAUAAGUGUGGUUGACGAUAAAAAUGACAAGGCUAUCACAAAAGAUACCUCAAGUUCAGGUAUUUUAGAUAUGGGACUCUCUGGACCUUUAAUAUGUGAUAAUGUAUCGAAGUUUUAAGUCUUCUUCCAACAAUACUCUAAUUCGAUUUUGUGGUGUAUCGAUACAUUUCCUGAAGGGCUUACUCGGAAGCUUCCAGUUACCAACAAGUAUGUGAAGCCAAUAUGUAUAGGAUUUGGAGGGGCGGAGGACCACGACCUUGAAAAUCUGAAGAAACAGCUUGAAGAUGAUGAUCUCAUCAGAGGUACAAUAACUGCGGAACAUCAAGGCAGUGAAGGUACAAUUUUACCUGUGCAUGUCAAAACCGAACUCUGUAGCCAUCUCCCUACACCGGUUUAGUCAUAACUGUCAUUUGAUUAACAAACAGAGUCUGGUGUUAAUUAGCUGAUACAAAAGACAAUCGCGCAUACAGCUGAGAGGGUCACGUGGUCUAAGUCUUGAAUUAACGUUUGAGUUGUUCUGUUCAGUGACAAAGGCUUCUGUCCAUUCCAAAUCAAGCAGGUACACAUAUGAAUCCGGCUCCUGUGUUUAGAAUCAAGAAACAAAGUUCCUUCGCGUCAAAGGCUUGUGUGCGAGUCUCUUCAGUGCUCUCUUUGGCUUUCUUAUGUUCGAUUCACACAAGUAUUGGUCUUCCACAACAAAGACUCAUCCACAUUAUUACAUCUUCUGCUAUAAACCUUUUCUUUUACCUCUAGGCUCAUUGUCAAUACCAAAAUACAGCUGCGUUUUGACCUUGAUUAGGUGUGAUUGUGACUCUCUUUCACUUCCUCGAUGCACAUGGCUACACUUUUCUUUGCGGUGGUUGAGAUGUCGAUAGACAUAAUCACUCUUGGGAAAAUCAAGGGACUGCUCAGCAUGGGUCGCCUCUUCUGCUUGAAAUAUUGGAGACCAAUGAGUUAGAGUUUAGAGACAUCAAUUGGUAGAUUCAUACAAUAUAAGCUUAGAGUUUUGUUUCUUCUUUGUUUUUCCGGUUGAUUGGUUUUAAGAAAUGGAAUCCUUUCUCUCAAAAGACUAUAAGCAUAUUGUAGUGUCAGAUGGCUUGAUGAUUCUUUGAUUUUGAAACCAGAAAUCUAUUUUCCUGCCAAAUGCUUCUUUGUUAUUGUUACAUAGUGGAGUGUUUAAAACAUUACUAAACCAAUUCAGUCAAAUUUUAAUAGAACGAAGCAAAACGAUUAGAACCAGUUGUAUUUUUAUAUCUUUGUAAAACUCAGCUUCUCAGGAUCAAUCUUAUCACUACGAAUCAUCAUUCUAUAAAAGAAGAUGAAGUCGGAUUUGGAAAGCGUUUGGUAAUUUUUAGAAGUUUGAGAGAAGGUAAUAGAAGUUGUAUUAAAUAGUGGAUAUAGUGGACGUUUGAAUUAAGUUUGUACACUUCUCGGAUUGAUACAUUUAUUCACGUUUUGAAAUUGAACACGUCUAUUCAUUAAACACGUUCCCAAAGUCUUAGAAACAAAUACAUUAUCAAUUCAAAUCCCAUUAGAAUAAGUUAUUGUUCAUACGUUCUAAAUAUUUAAUAAUAAAUUAAACAACAAAUUUUUUAUAUCUACAAAAUUUUCAUCAUAACAUAAGUAUUUUUAUCACGUAAAAUAAAUUGAAAUGCAUUUGAAAUAUUUAGUAAGAAUUAAAUAUCCAGUUUUUUAAUAUCACAAAAAAAUAUCUUUUAUCACGUAAAAACUUGAAAACAUCCAUGUAUAAAAUUAUAUACAAUCUGUAUAGAGAUUUAUCUCUUUUGAAAAAAUAUUAAAAAUUAUAUGAUGUAAAAUAUAUUUUAAUGAUAACACAAUACAAACUAUAUAUAAUGAUAAUUAUCAAAUCAAUAAAAUUCAUUUCUAAUUUAUGGUUAAGUAUAUAUUAACAAAUUUAAUUAUUUAUUAAAGUUAAUAAAGACUUUGUAACACAGUAUAAUUUAGUUUUGGACAAUGAUAAUUAUCAAAUUAAUAUUUUAAAAAUUUUAUGGUUACUUAUAUAUUAACAAAUCUAAUUAUUCAUUAAGAAUAAUAAAUAUUUUAGCCGCUCUACAUUUUAAAGUGAAAGUUUAGAAGAUGAAAAAACUCACUCCAUAAAUAAUAUUAUAAAUUAGGGUAAAUCUCCAAAAUAGCACAUUUCUAAGUUUAUAUCACAAAAAUAGCACUCAAAAACUAAAAUGACCAAAAUAGCAUUUUAUCUUUUGAAAAAUUUAAAUUUUUUUUAUUUUUCAAAAUUUGAAAUCUUAUCACCAAAACCUCACUUUUUAACUCUAAACCCUAAAACCUAAACUCUAAACCCUAAACCUUAAAUUCUAAACCCUAAAUCCCACCUCUUGAAUGCUAUUUUUGUGACUUUUGGCCUUGAGUGUUAGUUUGGGAACAAAAACUUGAUUUAGUGCUAUUUUGGUCUUUUUCUCUAUAAAUUAUUUAAAAUAAACAUAAAUAAAUGAUUAAAUAUAAGUUUGAUUAUAACAAACAAUCCGCGCAGGGCGCGGAUAAAAGAUCUAGUCUUAUAUAUAAUAAGACACUUUCCUCUCUUUUGAGAGUGUCCACGUAUGCAUAUUUUAAAGUCUGUGGGUCCCGCAUUACGUUCGGUUUUCGUUUGGUCUAAUGAAUCGGAGUUUAGUCUGAUUCUCUGGUUCGAUAGAUCAGUAAAGAAAUGAAACUCUUGGUUUUCAAAUAGAAGUGAAACUCUGCGUAUUCAAUUAGACCUUCAUUGUUAUCCUUCGAUCAAACUUGCCGUCACCGUUUUUUCUUAAUCUGCAAAUCUAAUGUUUCUCCUCUCAUCUCUUCGCCUCCCUGUUGUUCAAGCAAUAAUUGUUAUUCACAUUUAACUCAGUAAAGCUUUCGCCCUCUCCGUUUCCUUCGCGUGAGAUCUAUAAAUAGGAGAUGACUGAGAGUUGGAUGAACCUUCAUGUGAGAUCUAGAGAAGAACGUUCAAGCUGCCGUUAAGAAGCUAGACUGUGGCAAUGAUGAAGCAGCAAAAGAGUUUAAGUGUGAGGUUGAGAUAUUGAGCAAGAUUCAGCACCCAAAUAUAAUCUCCUUAUUAUAGCACGAAUGAUACCAACCACAAGGUUCAUCGUCUAUGAGCUGAUGCCAAAUGUCUCUCUGAAAUCUUACUUGCACGGCUCAGGAUCUUCUCGGGGUUCAGCGACCACAAUCACAUGGCCUAUGAGUAUGAAGAUUGCUCUUGAUAUAGCGAGGGGACUAGAAUAUUUACAUGAAGGUUGUCAUCCAGAUCAUUCACAGAGACUUGAAAUCUUCCAACAUAUUAUUGGAUUGUAAUUUCAACGCUAAGACUUUGGUCUUGCUGUUGUGAAUGGACCAAAGAAGAAGAACCUUAAACUCUCUGGAAAAGUUGGUUACGUUGCACCAAUAUCUUCUCGACGGCCAAUUGACAGAAAAGAGCGAAGUGUUUGCUUUUGGGAAAAAAACUGUUGAGAAGCUAGGUCCUGGUGAAUGUGAAACCAUCAUCACUUGGGCAAUGCUUUAUCUCACUGAUAGAACCAAGUUAACAAACGUCAUAGAUCCGCUAUUAAGACACGAUGGUCUUGAAACAUCUUUACCAGGCAGCAGCAGUGGUGGUUUUGUGCGUGCAGCCAGAACUGAGUUAUAGACCGUUGAUUACAGACUCUUGCAUUCUCUUAUACCAUUGGUUCCCAUGGAACUUGGUGGAUCCUUGAAAACCAUCAGAAGAUCUGCUUCCAUGGAUCACUGUUAAACACUCGUUCCAUCCUCUUUGCUUCAUACACCAAUAGUUUCUGCGCUGGUUCAACAUUAACGGUAAAGCAACGCUUUCUGGGUUUUCUUUGUCUUCACCAUGGCAGCUAUAACUAUUUCUCAGUUGAUUUCGUUGUCUCCUGAUUCCGACAAAGCCACCUUUCCGGUGCCAUUCUGUCUGCAGAAAUAUCUGUGAGAGUUUGAAAGCAACCAAACCGUCAACCCAGCCCUGCUCCGUCUCUUUAACAAUUUUUAUAUUACUAUGCAUUUUCUAUUUCAGACUUUACCAUAUUUUCUAUUUUUUCCAGUUUUUCUUUUGAAAACCAUUUCUGCAAUGUACAUCAUCGGAGGAUAACAAUUUCUAAAUUUUAAUAGUUUAAAAAGGGUUGACGUAAUA